AUGUUUGCAGUCUUAUCUGUCCUAGCUGCAUCUUAUGAUCACACAGAUGCAUUCACUAACCAGUAUAAUGAAAUCUAUGUUGUUCCUCAACAGAAAUGGGAAGCGAAGAAGGGUUACAAGGUUGCCACAACUCCAGAAAACCCUAAUGUUCUUGUUGAAGUCAGUAGUAAGGAUAUUGAAAUCAACCUUCCAUACUUCAGUGUUGUUACAGUUAAUGGUGACAAGAACAAGAUCACAGUUACAGGACCAGGUAUUGUCCAAGUCAAUGGUAACAAUAACGUAAUUAAGAAUCUUUUCGACCUUACUGCACCUCUCACACACCCUUUAAUUCUCAUAAACGGCACAUCUAAUGAGGCCAAAGCAACUUACAAGGGAAAAUCUUUCACACAUCAGCCUAUUCUAGCUUAUGUCCUUACACCAACAACAGACAAGACCAAACUCCCAGAUGAAAACUGGAAGGGUGAUAGAGAUUAUUGGGUUCAUGCCAAAGGCCCAGAUAGUCCAUCAUUACGUAAUGCUGAUGUCUGCAACUAUUUCAAUAUUUCCACCCUCUCAUUUGUUCAAAUGAUGAACAAUACAUUAAUUUAUGUUAUACCUUAUGAGAAUGAAUCAAUCGGCAAGUACACAGACCCAAUAACUGUAGGUGUUGCUAUUAUGGUUUCAGUUAUUGUUAUUUGCAUCCUUAUUGUUAUUUGCGUUAUUGGGGUUGUUUGUGUGUAUCCCAAAAUUUUGUAUAGAAAAGCUAGCUUCCCAGACAUAGGGAAUCGUUAG